AUGACUACCUCCCCCAACGGCCAUCUCACAGUCAACAUCGCCACCGGUCAUCAUGACAACGACGACAACAACAACGCUCCACCUCCUUCUGAUAACAACAAUCAGCAUGAUAAUCACGAUGACGACGACGAACUCAUCGAUCCUGAUGAUCCUUUCGAUAUCACUCAAACGAAGAAUGCUUCGCACGAGACUCUUCGCCGUUGGAGACAAGCAGCACUGGUGCUCAAUGCUUCCAGGCGUUUUAGAUAUACACUGGACUUCAAAGGGGAAGAAGAAAAACAGCAAAAGAAGAGCUUAAUUAGAGCCCAUGCACAAGUCAUAAGAGCUGCACUGCUUUUUAGAUUGGCCGGUGAACGUGAACUAGUGAUAAGUCCAGCAGCUACACCCCCACAUCAAACUUCAGUUGGUGACUAUGGAGUUGGGUUAGAAGAACUUGCUUCAAUGUCUAAAGAUCAGAAUAUUUCUGCUUUACAGCAAUUAGGAGGGGUUAAAGGCAUAUCAAAUUUACUAAAGUCAAAUCCAGAUAAAGGAAUUAGUGGAGAUGAUGAUGAUCUAUUGAAAAGGAAAAAUGCAUUUGGAACUAAUACAUAUCCUCGGAAAAAAGGGAGAAGUUUUUGGAGGUUUUUAUGGGAGGCUUGGCAAGAUCUGACUCUCAUAAUAUUGAUUAUAGCUGCUGCAGUGUCAUUGGUACUUGGAAUAAAAACAGAGGGUUUGAAGGAAGGAUGGUAUGAUGGGGGAAGCAUUGCUUUUGCAGUUUUACUUGUUAUUGUAGUAACAGCUGUCAGUGAUUAUCGACAAUCUCUGCAAUUUCAGAAUUUGAAUGCAGAGAAACAAAAUAUACAAUUAGAGAUCAUUAGAAGUGGAAGAACAAUUAAAAUAUCAAUAUUUGAUAUUGUUGUUGGUGAUGUUAUACCCCUUAAAAUAGGAGAUCAGGUUCCUGCCGACGGAGUAUUAAUCGUAGGUCACUCUCUUGCAAUUGAUGAAUCCAGUAUGACUGGUGAAAGCAAAAUUGUUCAUAAGGAUCACAAAGCGCCCUUUUUUAUGUCUGGUUGCAAAGUAGCAGAUGGAGUUGGCGUUAUGCUGGUAACUGGUGUUGGUAUUAAUACUGAGUGGGGAUUGUUGAUGGCUAGUAUCUCAGAGGACACUGGAGAAGAGACUCCGUUACAGGUACGUUUAAAUGGAGUGGCAACUUUUAUCGGUAUAGUUGGGCUUAGUGUAGCUGUUUUAGUGCUUGCAGUUCUCUUGGGCAGAUACUUUUCUGGCCACACAAAUGAUUUAAAUGGAAAUCCCGAAUUUGUUGCUGGAAGGACCGGUAUUAGUGAUGCAGUUGAUGAUGUCAUCAAAAUUUUUACCAUUGCAGUCACAAUUGUAGUUGUUGCAGUGCCUGAAGGUCUACCUUUGGCUGUUACUUUAACCUUGGCAUAUUCAAUGCGGAAAAUGAUGGCAGAUAAAGCCUUGGUACGAAGACUGUCAGCCUGCGAAACUAUGGGGUCUGCUACAACAAUCUGCAGUGAUAAGACAGGAACAUUAACCUUAAAUCAGAUGACUGUUGUUGAGGCAUAUGUUGGGAGGAAUAGUCUAAAUCCACCAGAUGACUCUUCAAAGUUUCAUCCAGAAGUAUUAUCCCUGAUAAAUGAAAGCAUCGCACAAAAUUCCACUGGAAAUGUUUUUGUGUCUAAGGAUGGUGGAGAGGUAGAGGUUUCAGGAUCACCAACAGAGAAGGCAAUUCUUUCAUGGGCAGUCAAGUUGGGUAUGAAUUUUGAUCUUAUCAGGUCUAGUUCGACAGUUCUUCACGUCUUUCCGUUCAAUUCUGAGAAAAAACGAGGUGGUGUUGCUCUGAAGCUGGCGGACUCUGGAGUGCAUAUACACUGGAAAGGAGCUGCAGAAAUAGUUCUAGGAGCAUGUAACCAAUAUCUUGAUUCAAAUGGUCACUUGCAAUCCAUCGGAGAACAGAAGGUUUUUUUCAAGGAGGCUAUUGAUGACAUGGCUGCUCGCAGCUUGCGUUGUGUUGCCAUUGCAUACAGAUCAUAUGAAUUAGACCAAAUUCCAUCUAAUGAGGAGGAUUUAAACCAAUGGUCCUUACCAGAAAAUGAGCUUGUUUUGCUUGCUAUUGUUGGAAUCAAGGAUCCUUGUCGCCCUGGUGUCAAAGAUGCUGUGAGAGUAUGUACUGACGCCGGUGUUAAGGUACGCAUGGUUACUGGAGACAACCUUCAAACAGCAAAGGCAAUAGCUCUGGAGUGUGGGAUACUGGCUUCAAUUGAAGAUGCUGUUGAGCCAAAUAUAAUUGAAGGAAAGGUAUUUCGGGAACUAUCUGAACUAGAAAGGGAACAGAUUGCCAAGAAAAUCACGGUGAUGGGCAGGUCUUCUCCUAAUGACAAGCUUUUGCUUGUGCAAGCAUUACGUAAAGGAGGUGAAGUGGUUGCUGUCACAGGAGAUGGUACUAAUGAUGCCCCUGCACUACAUGAGGCAGAUAUUGGUCUUUCUAUGGGCAUCCAAGGAACUGAGGUUGCAAAAGAAAGCUCAGAUAUUAUAAUCUUGGAUGAUAACUUUGCAUCCGUUGUAAAGGUUGUUCGCUGGGGCCGUUCUGUAUAUGCAAAUAUUCAGAAAUUUAUCCAGUUCCAGCUAACUGUCAAUGUUGCUGCUCUUGUGAUUAAUGUUGUGGCAGCAAUAAGUUCUGGUGAUGUUCCUUUAAAUGCAGUACAGCUUUUGUGGGUCAACCUUAUCAUGGACACACUUGGGGCCCUUGCACUGGCUACUGAACCACCAACAGAUCACCUAAUGCACAGAUCACCAGUUGGUCGAAGGGAACCUCUUAUAACAAAUAUCAUGUGGAGAAACUUGCUCGUACAGGCUACUUAUCAAAUCACAGUUCUUCUCGUUCUGAACUUCGGCGGUGAAAGUAUUCUACCUAAGCAAGAUACUAGAGCCCAUGGCUUUCAAGUGAAGAAUACUCUGAUAUUCAAUGCAUUUGUCAUGUGCCAGGUAUUCAACGAGUUCAAUGCUCGGAAGCCAGAUGAAAUGAAUGUCUUCCGAGGAGUGACCAAGAACCGUCUCUUCAUGGGAAUUGUUGGAAUAACCAUUAUACUUCAGAUAAUCAUCAUCGAGUUCCUUGGAAAGUUUGCCUCAACAGUGAGGCUUAAUUGGUCGCUGUGGCUUGCUUCUAUUUUAAUCGGUCUUGUCAGUUGGCCUCUUGCUAUAGCUGGAAAACUCAUUCCAGUUCCCAAAACACCAUUGUCACGUUACUUCUCCAAGCCACUCAGGCGAUUGAGGAGGUCUCGUUCAGCGCAAUAA